AUGCAAAUUGUCACAAAAUACUUAAUGAAUCCCACCGACUUUAUUAAUAUUGUUUGUGUAUGUAAAAAGUAUCAGUAUAUGCUUGAAAGAAUUAGAAUCAACCCAAUACAAAUAACACCGCAAAAUAUGAAUUUAUUUCCUAAUAUUCAAACACAAAAUAUGUUUUCUCCGUUCGAUAUAAAACUUACAAACACGAAUAUUGAGCGACUUCAAUACUCUUAUCUAGUUUCUUAUGACAAAUUUUUAGAAGAAAAGAAACGCUUUAAUAUUUGUCCUUUUGUAAAAUACACAAAAGAAGACAGAAAAAAGUAUGGCAACACAAUUCCCCAAAAUGUGUGUUGUAUUGACAACAACUGUUUUAAAAAUUGUGAGGAAGAAGUGAUAACCAUCCCAAAUAACAUUCGAGUUAUUUUAAAUAAGGCUUUUACAUUAGCACGUAUCCGAGAAAUUGAAAUACCAAAUUCUGUGACGUUUCUUGGCGAUAGCGUGUUCGAUGGAUGCACCAAUUUAACACGUGUUGAACUUCCAUCUUCACUUCAACACAUCCCCGAACAAACUUUUAAAAAAUGUGUGUCUUUAAAAGAAGUUAAAAUACCAUCAUCCAUCACUGCAUUUGGAAGUGACUGUUUUGGUCCGGACUGUGGGAUGGAGUCCAUUGUUGUUGCACCAAAUAUUUGUGUUUCGUUUUAUGCAUUUGAAUUUUCCAAUCUAAAUCACAUUGAAUUUGUUGGUCAAUCAAUCAUAGCAGAUCAUGUGUGCGACCAUUGUUUGUUAUUGAAAAGUGUGAAAAUGGACACCAUAGUAAAGGUCAUUGGAAGUUACGCGUUUCGUCAAUGUGAAAAACUUGAGGAUAUCAAUGUCCCAUCAUCACUUCAAAUUAUCAACACAUCCGCUUUUGAAAAGUGCACUUCUUUAAGCAAAUUUGUAAUUCCAAAUAAGCUUCUGUGUAUCAAUCCACGUGCAUUUUAUAAUUGUUCCAAUUUAAAAGAAUUGAAUUUCCCAGAUAACACCAAAUUUUGUGGCAUUAAAAUUUUUACUAAUUGCACUCAGUUAAGUUCAUUGACACUUCCAAAUUUUAAUGGUAAAUUGACAUUCGCAAUCAGUAAAGAGGAAGAGGAAAUUAUGAAUAAAUUUGGGUAUACUGCACUUGAUGUUGUUACUGAUGUUGAUGAUGAAAGCCCUCCAGUAUACAACAAUGACGAAGAAAAACUUGCAGACGAGAAAUUGCACGAAGUGAAGACCAAUUCCAAGUGCAAUGAAGUUGUGUUGUACAAUUUAGAACAAUGUAAAGUGUUUGAUUUACGCGAUGCGGAAAAAAUCAGUGGACAACGUUUUUGA